UAGUGGCUCCAUCUGGAGAGGCAGCGAUCUGUGUUUGUUGUACACGUGUUCGUGCUUCCAGCUGAGCAACAUGAGAUUCCUCGCAGAAGCCUUGCUAUGUCUUGCAGCGCUGUCGGCAGUUUUCGCUGUUCCAGCACGCGUCUGGAAGCCUGAGAAAGAUCUUCACGUCGCACGGCCGCAGCUGCGUCAUGCCGACAGCCGCCUGAGUAUCGAAUUCAAUGAGCUGUUCGACCGCCUGAUCGACGGCAUAUCGACUUUCAUAGUUUCCAGCGGUCUCGACCCACUGCCGCUUCCGGACGAGGGAAUUGAGUCCACCAUUACGGAUCCGCUGGGCAUCGAGCGCACGACAGAGAUCUCGCUGAAGAAGGGCUGGUUGACCGACCUGUCCACAUUCCAACGAGACGGCGACGCCAAGGUCCGCUACGUCAACUCGUCCCUGCACGUGUUCAGCGUCGGCCUGGACUUCCCAACGGUCUCCGUAGCGUACGACUAUACACUGAAGAUCCUGGACAUCGGACCGACAGGCAGCAUCAACGCCAAAGCGGAGGACCUCCUCGUCUCGCUGGAGGUCAACAUCGAUGUCGCGACAUCGCAGCUCUCGCUGGGAAGCUACACCAUCACCGAUGCUGGGAAGCUGACCGUACAGCUGCAGGGGGGCACGCUGGUGGACUGGAUCGCCAACGGGGUCAUCAACCUCUUCACGUGGCUCUUCCAGGACGUGCUGCUGGGGGUGGUGGAGGACAGGGUGCGGCCCGUGCUGGCCCAGCGGCUGUCCCAGCUCACCGUGCAGGAUGUGCUGGAGGCGGCAGGGGUGGCGCAGGGAUUCUGAAGCUCUCACCUCCUGAGGAUGAGACAUCUGCAGAGAAACCUCUCUGAAGUUCACUCACCACCAGCAGGCUGUAGCAUUCUCUAACGUCUGUUUAAGAAUACUGCGAUACGCUGCACUGGGCAAAAAAAUAACACAAUACAUUUUUAGUAAUUUAAUUUGUGUCAGCAGCGCUUGAUGUAUCCAUAGAAAUUAUUUUUGUAUUAUGGCAUAACUCGGUGAAAAUUAUCAUUAUUAAUUAUGUAUGUACAAAUUAACUAAUAAACUCCAACAAUAACA